AUGCCAAAUCAAAUUUUUGAAUUGAUUACUAAUUGUUGGUCUCACCUUAUAAACAAAAGACCAACUUCUAAAGAAAUAUGUGAGACCCUAGAUACGCUGAUUAAGGAUAUUGAAAGUGAUGAACCAACCGAAUUUAUCACGCAAAUAAAAAAGGCUGACGAGUCAUCAUCACCUUAUCAUUCUGAACCAAUUACACGAUUUACAUGUAAAAAUGUUGAGGACACUGAUAAACAGUCGAUUCAUUCACGUAAUCAACAGACGAAUGAAGAAAGCCUAUUAAUUCUGGAUCUGCCUUUAAGCCUACAAAAUGUUGAUAUUAGAAUUGAAAAUAAACAAAAACCAUUUAAUUAUUGUGAAAAAUAUGCAGAAAUUGGGCUGUCUCGUUUUUCAGAUUUUGCACUUGAAAUUAGCAGAAAUGACCAAAAAAAGUCCAUUAUUUUCGAAAACUCUAUCAGAAUUUGUAAUUCUAAUAGAAUAUUUCAUGAAAGUGAAUUUGAAAAUGAUGAACAUUUUAAGCAGUCUAAUUAUUUAGGUAAUAUUACUUUUACGACAUUAUAA